AUGAAAAAUGUUCCCAUUCAAUUCUUGGAACCAUUGUCACAUCAAGACUGCUGGUUGUUACUUGCUAAACAUGCUUUUGGAAAUGAAAACUAUAGUGCAAAUUCAAACUUGGAAGACAUUGGCAAGCAAAUUGCACUCAAGUGCAAAGGGUUGCCUUUAGCUGCACAAACACUCGGGGGUUUGUUACGUUGCAAUAUAGAUUCCGAGGAGUGGAAUAGAAUACUAAAUAGUAAUAUUUGGUACCUACCCUAUGGUACAACUGACAUUCUUCCGGCUCUAUGGUUGAGUUAUCAGUAUCUCCCUGCUCAGUUAAAACGAUGUUUUGUUUAUUGUUCAGUUUUUCCAAAGGAUUAUGAGUUUGAAAAGGAAGAUGUAGUUCAAUUAUGGAUGGCAGAAGGCUUAGUUACACAAACUGAUAAUGGGAAGAUUAUGGAAUCUGUGGCUAGAAAAUACUUUGAUGAGCUAUUAUCCCGGUCGCUGUUUCAAAAGUCAAGAGAAUUCGGUUUCACAAUGCAUGACCUCAUUCAUGACUUGGCUAUGUUCAUCUCUAGGGGGUUUUGCCUUAGGCUGGAAGGGGUGGAAUCACGUGAAGUUAAAAGAGCUCGUCAUUUGUCAUAUGCUAGGGGAGAAUUUGAUGUUGCUCAAAAAUUUGAGCCAUUAUAUGGGGCUAAGUGUUUGAGGACCUUCCUACCUACCUCUUUAAAAACAAAUAAAUAUCGUGAAGAAUUUUAUGUAAGUAAAAAGGUUCUACAACAUUUGCUGCCAUCACUAAGAUGUUUACGGGUGCUAUCAUUGUCACGUUAUCAAAAUGUCACUGAGUUACCUGAUUCUAUUGGAAACCUCAUUCAAUUGCGCUACUUGGAUCUUUCCCAUACCACAAUUGAAAGGUUACCUGGGGUACUUUGCAAUCUCUACAACUUGCAGACGUUACUAUUGUCAAAUUGUUCCUCUCUCCUUGAAUUGCCUGCAAAUAUCAGAAAAUUGAUUAAUUUGCAAAAAUUAACGUUGGCAAGUUGUAGCUCUCUUACUAAGUUGCCUGCAGGAAUGAGGGAGUUGAUUAAUUUGCAUUAUCUUGAUGUCAGUGGAACUAAAAUUGAAGAGAUGCCGGUGCAAAUGGGAAGACUGAAAAGUUUGAGACAAUUGACUGCUUUUGUUGUGGGCAGAUCUGCUGGGUCAAGCAAAGGAGAACUGAGGGAGUUCCCGCAGCUUCAAGGAAAACUUGCAAUUUUGAAGCUACAAAAUGUAGUUGAUGCUAGGGAUGCAUUGCAAGCCAAUUUGAAGGACAAGAAAGAUCUCAAGGAGUUAGAGUUGGCAUGGGGUGCAGAGGAUGCUGAUGAUUCCCAAAAGGAGAAAGAUGUACUUGACAAGCUCCAGCCUUGUUUGAAUUUGGAGAAAUUAACCAUCAGAUUCUAUGGUGGAACGAAUUUCCCGAAUUGGUUAGGAGACUCGUCUUUCUCUAACAUACAAGUCAUGCAUCUCAGUGAUUGUAAAUAUUGUUGGUUGCUGCCAGCAUUUGGGCAGCUACCCGGUCUCAAAGAGCUCUGUAUAGAAAGCAUGAAAUUUGUUAAGACCAUUGGUGUAGAGUUCUAUGGCAGAAAUGGAGCUUCUCUCAUUCCGCCAUUUCAAUCUCUGGAGAAGUUGGAGUUUAAGGAGAUGCCAGAGUGGGAGGAAUGGGUACCAAGUGGAAGUGCAAGUGGAGGUGAAUAUGGUCCAGAUUUCCCUCGUCUCCAAGAGCUGAAUCUAACCAACUGUCCGAAGCUGAGCAGAAGCUUGCCUUAUCAUCUGCCUUGCUUGAAGAAGCUUACGGUGUCUGAGUGUGAGGUUUUACAUGAUGAAGGGGCCAUUACUACAACAACCAGUAGUCUUAAAUACAGAUCUCUUGAAGAGUUGAAAAUAGAAGGUGGAUGCCAAAAGGGUCUGUUAUCAUUACUCGUGGAAAUUGGAAAUUUCGUUGACAUACAAUGCUUACCCAAUUACAAUUGUCUUCAACGUUUGAUUCUCCAGAAUUGUCCAACGCUGUCUUCAUUCCCUAAAGAUGGGUUACCCACUACGUUGACAGCACUUUAUAUACUGGACUGUAAGAGAUUAGAAUUCCUACCUGACGAGAUGUUGGCCAAAUUAACAUCGCUCGAAUCUUUGUGGAUAGAGAAUAGCUGUGAUUCACUGAGGAACUUUUCGGUGAGCAUUUUUCCCAAAUUGAAGAAGCUUGACAUUAGGGGUUGUGAGAAUCUGGAAUCCCUUUCCUUCAUUGAAGAAGGAGGAGUUAAUGAGAAUCUCAGUCAUCUCAGAGAAUUGUUUAUCCGUGAUUGUCCAAAUUUGAUGUGUUUUCAAUGUCAGGGAGGAUGGCCCACUCCCAACUUGAAUGAAUUUACAGUCGGCGAAUGCAAGAAUUUCAAGUCAUUGCCCGAAGGCAUUCACACCCUCACAGCCCUUCGACUGUUGCUGGUGGGUGAUCUUCCAAAUCUGGAGUCAUUUGCAGAAGGGGGUUUGCCUCCCAACAUCCGAUCUUUGUUAACUCGUAGUUGUGAGAGGCUGAGGGCUCCAGUGGUAAAGUACUGGGGAUUGGAAGGACUUGUCUCCCUUGAACUUUUUGUAAUUGGUGGCAGUAUCUUGGAGACGUUGCUCAAGGAACACCUGCUCCCUACCACUCUUCUCCAUCUAGUUAUUAGUGAGUGUCGCAGUAUCCAAGUCCUGCCAGGAGAAGGAGAGGGACUUCAACACCUCACUUCUCUCCAAGCGCUGCAAAUUGACGAGUGUGACAACCUCCAAUUCCUGCCAGGAGAGGGACUUCAACACCUCACUUCUCUUCGAAGGCUAUCUAUUACUUCGUGUCCCAAUAUCCAAUUCCUGCCAGAAGAGGGUUUGCCGCCAUCUCUUUCUUUACUUCGCAUCCUCAAUUGUUCUGCCCUAGAAAAAAGGUAUCAGAAUAAGACGGGAAAAGAUUGGGCCAAGAUAUCUCACAUUCCUUGCAUCAAGAUAAAUGACCAAGUCAUCAUCAUAUGAUAUGAUAUGAGCAAACUCAGAUCACACUCGGGACAGCAUAUCUUCUCUUGGAGAGAUUUUCAUAUGUAAGGUUCCUUUACGUGUCAUUUUCGGAGGAGAAUUUAACAUUGUAUAUAGCUCUUUGUUUUUCUACAAAACAAUUGUCACAAUGAGGAGAAACGGAAAGGUGUACCUGGAAUAUCUCAAGCGACACAUUCCUACAUGCAGGCAUCGAAUGCACAACAUUUUUAGGUGGCAUGGCACAAAUUCACAUCCGUACUUCCUUCCCCAUUGGUUAUUCUGUUACCAGCUUGAAGCUUGUGUAGAUAUGUUAUGCUCUUGUAAUUCUGGUCAC